AUGGAACAGCAUAGUGCUAACAAACCAUCCAAAUGUCCAGUAUGCUUUGAAACCUUUAUAAAGAAUCUAGAUGAUGUCAAAACCAAUACCUACCUACAAAACAUGAUCCAUCUGCUUAAAACACAGAUGGAAUGCACAGAUCUGAUGUGUUCCUUUUGUAAGAUUUUGGGAGACAUUAGACCGGCAGUCUCUCAAUGUCUCACGUGUCUGGAUUUGCUUUGUGAAGAGUGUGCAACAUCAAGACACACAUAUACCACCAUCACUAAAGACCAUAAAGUAGUGUCUUUGAGGGAAAUACGGACAGGACAACGCAAUGAUGAAAUAAGAUCCUCGCAGUGUUUAGAAAACUGCCACUUGCACCCAAACGAGGGGCUGCGAUACUUUUAUAUCACAUGCAAAACAGCAGCAUGUUGUGAUUGCGCAAUCUGGGAACACAAGGGUCAUAACACUCGACUCAUUUCAGACGUAAGAAAAGAAAAGGAAAGUGUAAUAAAACAAUUACACAAUGAAAUGACAUUGAAAUUAUACACCUUGGAAAAAAACAAAGACUUGAUAAAAUCCAAACGAAGUAAACUUAGCACAUUGAAAACUCAAAUACAAAACGAUAUCACGAAAAAGUGUUCAGAGGCUGUGAGCAAAAUAGAUAGAGGAAGAAAUAAAAUACGUAUGCAGCUAGAGAAUAUAAUGACACCGAGAACUCAGUCUCUUAAAAAUGGAUUUGAAAAGAUAUCAAAAGAAUGUAAAAAUAUUGAAGAAUCAUUACAGUUUUCUGAAUUGAUGCAAAAGGGAAGGGACUGCGAAGUUGUUUAUUUAUUAGAUGACAUUCACGAAAGGUUGCAAAACCUUGCAAAAGCUGAUAGUUCAGAUAAAUGUCUUUUGGAAGACAUACCAAAUUUAACGAUUCAAAUAACAGAGUCACAAGUAGAACUACUAGAAAACAAAUCCCAGUCACCAUUAACGUCUUCAAAUAGCGAAACUUGUGGAAAGUUUAUUCCUAAGGAAUCCGAUGAAAAUACAAACCUGUCUGAUUUCGUAUCUCAUUCUUCAAAAGCAGUGCAGACAGCAGAAGAAGACUUUGAAAUCACAAACAAAAAUACAGAAGUAAGAGUGGGACGCAGAAAAUACAAAUUCAAUUUGCUUAGAAUUUUGUAUUUAACAGAAACGGAUGACAUGUAUAAAACGUUGAAACCAAUAUAUAGCGGGAUUGCAUGGGUAGAUGACAAUCAGUUUGUUGCUGUAGAUAAAGUUAAUGCAAAAAUAAAAAUGGUUUCCCUUUCAUCUGGCACAAUAUUGAAAUCUGUCCUAGGAUACCAACCACUAGCUGUUUCUGUUUGGGAAGAUGGCAUAUCUUGUCUGUCGAUGAACAACCAAAUGACAUCUUUUAGUCGAGAUUUCGUUGAGCAAAAAACACUCUCCGGCAUAUCCGCUGUAUUUGCAUCCCUUCCAAGUUUGAAUCAAUUGAUGUGGACAUCAAAUGCAGUGAUUUAUUUCCAGAAGAAUAAUUUUGUGACAGAAAUACCAAUGAAAGAUCUUCCUCCAAAUGGAUAUUUCUUACGUCAUGCUUGUUGUAUUCCGAACGAAUUAUAUGCUGUUUCAGACAUGAUUAAUCGAUGUGUUUAUUUGUUAGGUAUGCAUGGCGAAUUAAUCGAAACCUUAUAUUGUUAUCCUGGAUCAAUAUCUUUUGAUAAAUACUAUAAUAUAUUUAUCUCUGAUUUUGAAAAUUCAUCUAUUGCCGUUUUCGACAUUGAAGGGAAUUAUAAAGAAAGAUUGCAUGUGGAAGAAAGACCUAUCAGCAUAUCUAUUUUGAAUGAUAAAUUACUAAUUGCAACUGAGAACAACGUUUUAUUAUAUGAUGUACUUUUUACAUGA